AUGAAUGGUCCUGACAGCGGUUAUGCCUGGUGUGUAGCUUUCGCAGCUUGUGUGAUCAAUUUCAUCAUGGCCGGACUUGGCAGGAUGUCCGGCAUUUUGUAUGUUGCUUUCAUAGACAUGUUCCAAAUUGAUCGAAGGGGAGCCUCCAUACCAUUUUCCAUCAGAUCCUCGGCGAGGAAUUUGCUCGGACCUGUGGUUGGUAUCUUGGGUCAGAAAUACAGCGUUCGUACCGUAGCCAUUACGGGCGGUGUGAUUGGCACCAUCAGCGGAGCCUGCUGCUUCUAUGCCGAUAAUAUGCUGUGGAUUAGUGUCCUAUGGGGAGGAAUAAAUGGAGUUGGAACGGCAAUGACCACAACGCUGAACCAAGUCGUAAUUGGACAAUACUUUAAAAAAUAUCGGACAACAGCAGCUGGAAUGGGAUUUUCAGGUGGAUGCGUUGGAUCCUUCAUUUUUCCUGUUCUUCUGGAGGAGUUGCUUCGAAGUUAUGGGAUCCAAGGAACCUUCCUCAUUAUGGCGGGAAUAAUAAUGCAUACUAUACCUGCAGCAAUGAUUCUUCGUAAGCCAUGGUGGGUGAAGAAAAGAAAUAAGGAGAAUAGAACGAAAGAACCAACUGGUGCUGGAAAUGGCAGACGAUUCAAUACAGAAUCAAUGAGAAGUGAUGAUGUCAUUUUCUCUGCUGACCUACCUUGUUUAGAUGAAUCUAAACCAGGACCGCACGUUCAGAUUGAAAAUUUGAAAAACCUAGUUGAUUUCGAAUUCUUGAGUCAAAAUAUUGACAUUAUUGCCGAUUUUCUUAAUGUAUCAGAAACACUGGAAAUGGAUAAACGGACGCAUGGGACACCUGUGGAAGUAAACGCUCACGUGAAUAAAGCAUUCGAACCAGAGCAAAGGAAAACGCAAGACGAUUUUGCCCUAGUUCUAGAGAUUUUAAAUAAUUACGUUGGAAAUGAUUGUUUAAUAGACAGAAAUAUUUCAGCAUUAUUCAGACAACAUCUUUUUAUGAAAAAAAAUGGUGCUUUUAACACGAAUGAAAAUAAUAGGCAUCAUGAACUGAAACAGGUUUUCAUGCAAAAGCUUAAAUUUCUUGCCAAUUUAGAACUGUCCCAAAUUUUAUCUCAUUUCUCACUUGAAAAGAACGAGCAUCUCUGUAGGUUGCUUACAGAAAUCAAAAAACUUCUCGUUCUGAAUGAUGAAGUCGAAAAGUCGGCGCUUAAAGAACCAUCAGUAACAAUUGGAAAGUUAAAGCAAAUGGCAGUUCUAGACGAGUCCAAUUCCAAAGAGAAUUCAGCCAAAAAUAAAAACGAAACGUCCACUUCUUACUCCACCUUACUAAAAGCAGCUCUGAAGCUGCAUACGAAGCCUAUAUUUCUACUGAUAUGUUUUUGCAGAUGUGUUCAUUUCCUUACUUUCGUACCAGUGGUGGCUUUCAUAGUAGAUUUCACUAUGGACAAAGGCCUCAAAGAAGAGGACGGAAAGUAUGUGAUAGCAGCUCUAUCACUUGGUGACUUGCUGGGGCGCAUAGGUCUAGGGUGGCUAACUGAUAGAAACUACAUAAAGUUACCAAGGUACAUGUUAUUGGUAAUGCUUCUGCAAGGGUGUUGUACUGCCGUUAUGCCAUUCGUUAACACAAAGCCCGCACUGUUUCCGCUUCUGUGUGUGUUUGGACUUCUUCAGGGAUCUCUGUUUGUCAGGCAUCCUGUGUUGGUCAAUAAAUACAUCGACAGUAAUGAACAGUCAAUUGCUAUGGGUUGUAUGAAUUUUUUCUCUGGACUGCUGGGAUUCGCAUUGCCAAGUUAUAUUGGAUACUUUCGGGACAAAGUAGGUUCUUACGAUGGAAUGUUCUAUAUCAACAGCGUCAUUGGCACCGCAAUUGGACUGCUCUGGAUUCUGGAACCUUACUUGGUCAAAUUAUCUUCCGUCGGAAGAACUGAGCAUGAGCUGUAGCCGAAAA